AUGAGUAGCCCUCGCCAAGACAAGGACGACCAGAAGCAGGAGGAGAAGCCGGUGUUCCGCACGCUAACGCCCAAUGACCAGCCGGACCAGCUGCAGUUCCGCUCCAUGGCCGUGGCGUCCGCGCCGCCGGCCUUCAGUACGAUGGGUGCGCGCUCCCCUCUCGAACAGCUAGGCGCCGCCUUCCCUGGACCCAUGUCGCUCAAUAUGGCCUCGAAGAAGCCCAUGUCCAAGAAGUCUGAGAGCGCAUCCACCUCGUCGUCGUUCGGCAUGCGCGUGGACCGCACUAAGUACGUGAACGUUACACCCUGCGACCUGCCGCCGGCGCCGUUUCGCCUCGAGAUGCACACGCAUUUCCAUGUGAAGCUUGAGUCCACGCAGCGUGUGUGUGGCGUCGUGGGAAUCAAGCUCUGCGAGCUGGACACGGACUUCGAGUUCAAGGCUGACAAGUGUAAGUGGAAGGUCGAGUACCGUCGUAACACGCAGCGCGUCAGCCUCAACAUUGUCAUCUUCAAGACCACGAAGGAGGAGUACGUCGUCGAAGUGCAGCGUCGCGAAGGCGACAUCACAGCCCUUAUGCACCUCUACCAUGAGCUUAAGAGCUUCUUCCGUCGCAGCCAGCUGCUCAGCGAAAAGACUCCUACCAGCAACGGUGUCAAGCGUGCCGCCCCCAAGCCGCUCCCCAAGCUGCCGCUCUCGCCCGAGAGCAUUCAGGACGGCGUCUCGGCGCUCAAGGGUCUACUUGAGAGCAAGUACGCUGACGCACAGAUGCAAGGAGUGCUUGGUGCCAUCUCCAUGUCUACCGUCGAGGAGACCCGCUCCGGAAUGGCCGGCCUCGUGCCGCAGCUCGUAACGCUCGGUCAGUCCAAGAAUGACAACGUUUCCCGGUUAGUGAGCGCCGCGCUCGCACGGCUUUGUGAUCACCCUCAAUGCCGCCAAAUAUUUGUGCAAUCUGAUGGCUGGCAGUUUAUCGUCGACCUUGCUGCCGGCGGUGCCGACGUCAAGCCAGAGGUGCAGCGAGAGAGUCUCCACGUGGUAGAGACCCUUUGUCCGCUGUACCACGAUGAGCUUGCCAAGUCCGAGAACGCUGGACGGGUUUUGGCACUGGUACAAGAGUGGCAGAAGAUUGAGGACCCGCGCCUCAAGAAGCACGCGUGCAACGCUCACCGUGCGCUAAAGGAGGCUGGAGUCCUCGCCUAAGUAAUUUCAAGGGAGAAAAGGAGGGUCGUGCUGAGCGGCCGUAUCUUGCUUGUAAGACAAACCCACCUUUCUUGAAGGUCCUCUUUUUA